AAAGACAAUUAAAGUGAUUUUACCGUGCAAAAUGACUGACACAAGAAGGAGAGUAAAGCUUUAUGCUUUAAAUGCUGAUAGGCAAUGGGAUGAUCGUGGUACUGGUCAUGUAUCAUCUUCAUAUGUAGACAGACUCAAAGGAGUCUCAUUAUUAGUUAGAGCUGAAAGUGAUGGAUCCGUGUUACUUGAAAGUAAAAUCCAACCAGAUACUGCAUAUCAAAAACAACAGGAUACACUCAUUGUUUGGUCGGAAGGAGAUAAUUUUGACUUAGCAUUGAGUUUUCAAGAAAAAGCUGGAUGUGAUGAAAUAUGGGAAAAAAUAUGUCAAGUUCAAGGAAAAGAUCCUUCAGUUGAAAUAACUCAAGAUAUUGUUGAAGAAUCUGAAGAUGAACGUUUUGAUGAUAUGUCAGAUUCAGCACCACCAAUUGAAUUACCACCGUGUGAAUUAAGUCGUCUUGAAGAUAUUAAUGAAUUAAUUGGUAAUUGUUUAUCAACUCCCGUAAGAAAAGAAAAACUAGCAAUGGCAAUAGAAUCAGAAGGAUAUAUAAAGAAACUUUUAAAUUUAUUCCAUACCUGUGAAGAUUUAGAAAAUAUCGAGGGUUUACAUCAUUUAUAUGAUAUAUUUAAAAAUAUUUUCUUAUUGAACAAGAAUGCUCUAUUUGAAGUAAUGUUCAGUGAAGAUGUCAUCUUUGAUGUAGUUGGCUGUUUAGAAUAUGAACCUUCUUUACCACAGCCAAAAAGGCAUAGAGAGUAUCUACGUCAAUUAGCGAGAUUUAAACAAGCAAUUCCUAUAACAAAUGCAGAAUUAUUAGCAAAAAUUCAUCAAACUUAUCGUGUCCAAUACAUUCAAGAUGUAGUUUUACCAACACCAAGUGUAUUUGAAGAUAAUAUGCUGAGUACGUUGAGUAGCUUUAUUUUUUUCAAUAAGGUUGAAAUUGUUACCUUAAUACAGGACGAUGAGAGGUUUUUAACUGAAUUAUUUCGACAAUUGACGGAUGAAGCGACGUCCAUUAGUAAACGUCGUGAUUUAGUACUCUUUCUUAAAGAAUUUUGUAAUUUUUCUCAAAAUCUACAGCCACAAGGUAAAGAAGCGUUUUAUCGGACUCUUACAGCACUCGGUAUUUUACCAGCCCUCGAAAUCACUUUAGCAAUAAAUGAUGCCCAAACUAAGACCGCCAGUAUAGAUAUACUGACUUAUAUUGUAGAAUAUUCACCAAGUGUUGUUAGAGAUUAUACCCUCCAACAAAUAAACAAUACAGAACCGUGUCAAAUGUUAAUAAACGUCAUUGUCGCUCAACUGGUUGGUGAUACUGACCCAGAACUAGGUGGUGCUGUUCAACUUGCUGGUGUUCUUCGUCUUUUACUAGAUCCAGAAAACAUGUUGGCUUCUGUCAAUAAAUCCGAGAAGACUGACUUUCUCAAUUAUUUCUACAAGAACAGCAUUGUCGAUCUUAUUGAGCCACUUUUAGCUAAUACAAUUGGAGAUCGACCAGCAAGAGAAGAUUAUAGAACAGUUCAACUAUUGGGCUUGAUUUUAGAAUUAUUAUCAUUUUGCGUUGAACAUCAUAUGUAUCAAAUUAAAAAUUGUAUUUUAAACAAAGAUUUACUAAGAAGAAUAUUAAUACUAAUGAAGUCAACGCAUACCUUUUUAGUUCUUUGUGCAUUAAGGUUUAUGCGAAAAAUCAUAGCACUCAAAGAUGAAUUUUAUAAUAGAUACAUCAUUAAAGGAAACUUAUUUGCACCAGUAUUUGAUGCAUUCGUGAGAAAUAAUGGAAGAUAUAAUCUUCUAGAUUCUGCUAUUCUCGAGAUGUUUGAGUUUAUUAAAUUGGAGGAUAUAAAGUCACUAUGUUCGCAUGUCGUUGAAAAUUUCUCCAAAGAAUUGGAAGCAAUUGAUUAUGUUCAAACGUUUAAGGCAUUAAAAUUGAGGUAUGAACAGCAUCAAGAUAAACUUAAGGAUCGUGAUAGAGCAACUCUCGAAAGUGUACCAUCGAUUCUGCGAAACAGUCGGUAUCGACGGGACCAACGUCAACUUGAUGAAGACGAAGAAAUGUGGUUUAAUGAAGAAGAAGAUUUUGACGAAGGUGAGGCAGUUGUUCCAGCUGCUGCGGCUGAUCUUGUUCCUCCAGCAUCAGCUAAAAAGCAACCACAAAGUCCGAACUCUGGACUAAAUCCAAUUCCUGCUGACUCGAAGAGUCAACAGCAACAGACGGUAUUGAAUAACAACACUGCCAAUAACACUUCGGCAACGCAACAGUCUCAAAUUAACAAUAGUUCUGCGGGAAAUGAAUCUUCAAUCUCUGCUGGAAUUAUUGCAAGUUCUACCGACACUACAGAUAAAGCUGGCUCGCCAGUUUUUAAAAAGGGCUUGGUGGAUUACGAAGGUGAUUCAGAUGAAGAGGAUGAGGACCCAGAGCUAAGUCCUUCACCUAAAAGGCAGCGGCUCUCAUAGUAGAUAAAUCAUCAAAGAGCAGUAAAAAUGCUGCAAUUAUCGAUCGCCGCGCUGUUCUUCCCCCUGUUAAACUCGCUCAAUAAUUGAUUCAAGGUUUAUUUGAUGUAUUGUUGUAUACAGUGAGAUGGAUUAAAAUACAAUACCUUGAUUGUUUACAUGAAAAUUCGAGUUUAGAAUUCAAUCAGGGGGAUAUAUUUUUUAAAUGUAGUGCAUCGUGGACAUUGACAAGCCUGUCUGUGCUAAAUUUUGUACAGUUUACAAAUAAAACGGAGCAGCUAAAUGAUGGACAAGAGAAAUUAAGAACGAUAUGAAUAAAGAUAUAUAUUAUGGAAUGGAUUUCAAUAUGCAGAUUGAUAAAGGUAGCGUUGACAAUGGAUUUGUAAAAGAAAUUUUGAACUUUCUUUAAAAUUAAGAUUAAGAAUUUAAUACAUGCUAUUGUAUGACUAUGUUGUGUAAAGAUAUAGUAAAUUUGAGGAAAAAACAAACCAUAGUUCAUUCCAGUGGUUUUAGAAUGCCCUAAAUGCUGAAAGUAAUGAAACGUCGUUUUUAUUGAGAAACAACACUUUUGUAAAAUAAAAAAAAAUCUUUUAAAGAUUCUAUUUAACAACAAAAAGAACCGUAUAAAUUUUAUUCUGAAUGAUUCAAUAUCAAGAAUAAAAUUAAAACAAAGAUCUGUAUUUUUUAUCGCCCACUCAUUAUUACAUAAUACAAUUUGAGAGUCUAUUGAAAACAAA